AUGGGAAAAUUUGUAUUGUUGGCUCAAUUGAUGUAUUUUAUAUAUUGUUCUGGCAGGCGAUUUACUUCAAGGAUGUUUUCCAAGUAUAGACAAGCUUGGAUGAUGUUAACUACAUUACCUUUACUUGGCACUGCUUUUCUUGAUGAUUUACGAGUUGUUUCAAAUUUGUCACUUGCAAAUGCGGUUUCUCAUUUAGUCAUUAAUGCAAUAAUGUUUUCUUCAUGGCGUUUUUCUUCCCUUGUAUUAAUCCCGGAUUUUCGCUUAUUUCCAACAAUUAUCGGUGUUGUUGUUUUUGGUUAUACUUCACAUAUUUUUCUGCCUUCUUUGGAAGGUUCUAUGCAGGAUCGUUCAGAAUUUAAACAAAUGCUCGGAUUUUCACAUGUCGCGGCAGCAAUAUUUAAAGCUUUAUUUGGUUUAAUUGGCUUUCUAACUUUUGCAGAAUUUACUCAAAAAGAAAUUUCUAAUUCGCUUCCUGAUCAAACAUUUAAAGUUCUUGUAAAUCUUUGUCUUGUUACAAAAGCUUUGCUUUCUUAUCCACUUCCUUACUACGCAAUUGUUCAACUAAUUGGAGAAAACUUUUUUAAUGGGAUUGAUGUUUCUCCUUUUCCUGUAUGCUAUGGAAAUGAUAAAAGAUUGAGAGAAUGGGCUCUCUCUUUGCGUGUUCUUUUAAUACUUUGGACAUUAUGGAUGGCUUUAACUGUUCCUUAUCUUGUUGAGCUAAUGGGACUUAUUGGCAAUUUUACAGGAACUGUUCUAAGUUUUAUUUGGCCAGCAUAUUUUCAUUUGCAGCUUCGAGGAGCUAAACUUACUCCUGCUGAGAGAAGAUUCGACAAAAUGGUAAUUGCUGGAGGCGUCGGCACUUGCAUUAUUGGAAUGUUUUAUUCUGCCAUUGAGCUAAUUCAUUCUAUUCGUAUGGGUGAUGAUGAUGUUGUUGAAGGAGGAGGAUGGGAAUGACUGAUGAAAAAUUAAAGAAUAACUAUUCGGGAAAAGUUUCUAAAGGUUUUUUUUUAAUUUUUUUAAACUCAUCCCCUCUCUGUCUCUCGUGUAUAUGAGGAACAAGCUCUUACGUAAAUGGGUUUUUCUUCUUAAUAUAAAAUGGGGAUUUAUUUAAUUCUUAUAGGCAUCUUAACAUUAAUAUAUUCUCUAUCUCUUUUUUAUGUUAGCCAGCUCUUAAUUCACUUUUAUAGUUUUUUUUCCUUUUUUGGCGGUAGUGUUCAAGCUGUUGUU